GCGGCCAAAUCAAAGCAAUAUGGCGGCUUGACAUAAUAACUUUUCAUACGGAAUACAUUAAUUUGGCCGAAACGGACGAUCAUCACAGAAUCCGAGAUCGAAUUUCGAUUGAUGUGAAAGCGUGCGAGAAGAGAUCUCUUGCGGUGCGCGGACCUCACUGCUCAACGUGUUCACUGGUCGAGCGAGGGUGCAGCGUUUCCACGGUGCGAGACUUGGCGCUUUCGAGAUUUAUUUCGCCUAACGGGCGCGGAGAUGUCCUUAAUUAUUAAAUGAGAAGUAAUGAUGUCGUCCAGCAAAUUCUAGCACCAGCCACCGUUUUUCUAUGAGGGAUUAUGUCGUCCACACAGAGCAAAAUGCGAGGUCCUGGAAGACCACCAAAAUCGAAAAACUCUUGUACGUGGUGCGGAGAGACUAAACAGCCAUUGAAGUACGUUCUACCGACGCAACAUGGAAAGAAGGAGUUCUGUUCUGAGACUUGUUUGUCGGAAUUUCGCAAGGCUUACAUACGAGGUGCCUGCGUCCAAUGUGACAACGUUAUCAGAGGCACACCGGUGAGAUUAGAGCAAAAAGAUGGACCUACAAAGGAUUUUUGUUCUUCAUUCUGCUUAAACAAACACCAAAAGAAGGAGGGGCAAAUAGAUAUAAAGAAAAGUAACAGGGAUCAGGCAUCACCCGCACCAUCUCUUGCAACAUCUGGACUGAUAAGUGGAAAUAAUAUUCCUUCUACAACUCAGUCGUUCACAAAUACAAGUCAUACGAAUAUAUCUCAUUCUCCGUCAACCUCCACUGGUCCAUUUCAGUAUGAAACGUAUCAAACUUUCGACUGGGAUCUUUAUUUGAAGGAAACAAACAGUCAAGCUGCACCUAUCGAAUGUUUCAAGCAGCAUGAGAUUCCACCAACCAAUGAAUUCAAAAUGGGUAUGAAAUUAGAGGCUCUUGAUCCUCGCAAUUUGACAUCAACGUGCAUUGCAACUGUAGUUGGGGUGCUUGGUCCUCGUCUCAGACUGAGGUUGGAUGGCUCAGAUAACAAAAAUGAUUUUUGGCGCUUAGUGGACAGUAAUGAAAUUCAUCCAAUUGGCCAUUGUGAAAAAUCUGGUGGGAUGUUACAACCACCAUUGGGCUUCCGAAUGAAUGCUUCCAGUUGGCCAAUGUUUCUUCUGAAAACAUUGAAUGGUGCAGAAAUGGCACCUGCGAAAGUAUUUAAACGCGAGCCAAAAACACCGCGUUCUAAUAUGUUUGAGGUUGGUCACAAAUUGGAAGCUAUAGACAAAAAAAACCCGCAACUCAUUUGCACAGCAACUGUUGGUGCAGUUAAAGAAGAGAUGAUUCACAUAACGUUUGAUGGCUGGCGAGGAGCGUUUGAUUAUUGGUGUCGUUUUGACUCUAGAGAUAUCUUUCCUGCUGGUUGGUGUUUUAAAAGUGGUCAUCCAUUGCAACCACCUAGGCAGAAAUCAACAGGGCCUAAUAGAUUUAAGUCUAGGACGAGUAACGUUUUACCAGUAAUGGCAGUGUCGGGCGGAGGUACUAAUGGAGAACCAGCUGUUGCUUUAGUGAGUCCAGCAGGUUCAAGUGCUCCACCACAACCAGCUACAGAACCUGAUACUAGUACAGCUAAUACCAAACCACAUUCCUUAGAGAAUGUUACAAUUUAUGUAAAUCAUAAUUGCACAUGUGGCCCUUAUUUUGAUCCUCGUAAAGUAAAAGCAAUGCCAGCACAAUUUGGUACUGGCCCUAUACUAAAUGUCACAAGAGAUAUAUUUCAAGCCUUUUUGAUGGCAGCAAUGAGUCCAAGGCAGAUGCUGAGUCUGUUAAAACGUGGUGAGGGAGAAACUAUAAGUUUAAUUUUAGAGAGUAAACCUACUUCUGUAAGGUUACCGAUAUUUAUGGAGGAAGAAGAUUUUUACAUAUAUAUUAGACGACAACUCGAAGACCUUUGCGCGUGUGAGCAUAUGUUAUUUAGAAGGAAAGAACCCUGCAACAAAUGUCCAAAUACUCAACAACCACAAUCCACCAAUAGUGAAGAAGCAGUUAACACUGCUACUGCUACAACUAAUAAUAAUACUGCUGCAGAAAAAAGAAGAUGGUCUCAAAGUCAACAGAAUCUGUCAACAACUACUGCACAGCAGCAAACACAACAAAAUUCUGUACAAAGUAUAAACAAUUCGUCACUGUCUUCGCCAACACUUGCAAAGCAACCACGAAAAUCUGUUCCAGAACUCGAAGCUGCAACAUCUACUACUCAAUCUGAAACUUCCAUGAAUCGUACACCUUCUACUGAACCAGCAGAAUGGACUAUUGAGGAUGUAAUACAUUACAUUGGUAUUACUGACCCUGCAUUAGGUCAGCAUGCAGAUUUAUUUAGAAAACAUGUAAGUUCAUAUUUUACAUUACUUUGUACUUACUUUAUAACAACACUUUUUAGAUUGAAAUUAAAUUCAUUUGUAAUUCUUUCUAGAUUACAUAUAAAAUAUUAUUAAUUUUUUAUAUAAAAUCUAUAUGUUUUUUUUUCUAUUUGCAUUUUAGGAAAUUGAUGGGAAAGCUUUGUUACUUUUAAAUUCUGAUAUGAUGAUGAAAUAUAUGGGACUAAAACUUGGGCCAGCACUUAAAAUAUGCAAUUUGGUAAAUCGCAUUAAAGGCAGAAGACAUCUACUUCUGUGACUUUAUCAAACAUCAAACUAUGUACAGUGAGUUAAAUUGACGUACUAUUUAAAUUGGCUGGUCAAGUUUGUUUUCAUUAUCGAGAAGAAAAUAAUAUAUAAGUUAUUGAAAUAAUGUAAAUAUAUCGAGUAUGAGUUUUCAAAACCUAUUCAUCGAUUAACGUAGAUCUUAAAUUUAAAAAAAAAGGAUCAAAAUUUAAUUUUAUCUUACUAAUUAAACGUUUUUCUUUAAAAAAAACUCUAAAAGUAUGUAAAAUUACAUUAAUCACAUGAAUAUAAAAUCUUUUUGAUAAUGAACAAAGUUAAGGAUAUCUAUAGAAGAAUUCUAGAAUAUAAUUAGAUUAAUUAAUUCAAUUCCAAAUGCUAAGUAUUGGAUGAAGUAAAAGAAUUAUUUCUUUGCAAUAUGUUUGCCUUCUUCGAACAUUGUAAUUUCUAAAUGUUCUAUUGCAAAGAUAUCUUUUACUACCUAAGUUAUCCUACUUCUUUAAAGAAUAUUUGUGACAUGAAAACAAUGUGAAGUAUAUCUAGUACAAUAAUUGUUUUUAUAUUUCUUUUUAAAUAUAUAAUUCAGUUUUUUUUAUAAAUAUUAGCAUAUGUAAUAUGCUAUUUUAUCUGUUAACAUAAAAGUAAACUUUCGUAUUUCAUGCAUUUUUGUCUAAAAAAGAAUUGAAGAAAAAAAAUUAUAAGAAACAAAGUGUGUACAAAGUGUAAUUAUUUUCUGUUUUAUAAUACGUAUUUAAGAAUCAUUACCUUUAUAUGUAAUUACUUUAUCUGUUUUAUAAUGUACUGUUAAAACAAAUCAUAAGGUAUCAUUUUAUACAUGGGAAGGCAAUAUAUUCUAUUUUAUAUUAGGUACCCAGAGAAGUUCAUUUUUUGUUGAUCACAGUUUUAAGAAUUUUUCUAAUUAACGACUUUUUAGAAGUGGGAAAAACUAUUGUUGCCAACAUCUAUAGAUAUUGUGAUAAGUUAGAAAGAGUUUGAAAAAAAUUAUGGAAAAAACUUAGCCAGCAUUGGUAAAUAGGAAGAAAGUUUUAUUUCUUCAGGAGAAUGCCCGACUUCACGUGGCAAAGAUGACUCAUCUUCAAAUGGAACUUGAAUAGGAGGAUCCAUCCACCAUAUUCGUCAAACUCUCACCAACAGAUUUUCGUUUGUUUCUGAAUCUGGAUAACUAUACAAGGAACAAUUACAAUAAUGAAAGUGAUAUGAAAAAAGAAGUGUCAAGAUUUUUCCGCGGUAAAACAAAAGAUUUUUGUAAAAACGGUAUUUAUAAGUUUUUAAACCGUUGGGAAAAAUCUAUAAAAUAUGAAGGUUCAUAUUUUGAUGAAUAAAUUCAUGUUUUUCAUAUGGAAAAACGACAAGAACUUUUCUGGAUACCUAAUAUUUAUUAUAUAAGAUGAAAAGUUUAAAAACACAAAUUGUUUAUAUCAAACUUUUUAAUUACAUUUGUUUAUACAUUUUUGGCACUUCGUUGUUGUUUCUUUUUUCUUUUUUUUUUUUAUAUAAUAAUAUAUAUGUAAUAAAACAUAUUUUUAACAAAUUUGAUUUGAAUAUAUAAUUCAAAUAAAGUUGAAUUGCCAUGUUAUAUGUGUUUUAGAACAUACGUUUUUAUAUUUUAAAUAUACGCAUAAAUGUUUAUAUCUUUUGUAAUAAUAAUAUUUUUACUUUCAUGUAAAAAAAAGAUUUCUAGAUGUUAUAUUAUAUAUUUAUUAAUAUGUAAUUUCAUAAAAAUAUUUUCCAAAAAUGAAGAGUGUAUAAUUCAUAGACAGGGGCAUUAUAAGGUAAUUUAUAUUACUUUUUUUUACAGAUUUUUUUUACAGACACAGUAUUACACAUUUGGUUAUAUUCAUUUAUAA